AUGCCCCUUCACACUUCUGAAAUCAUUGGCCGUAAUGCUGAUCGUCUCAUCAAGAAGUACGAACAUGUUCCUACCAUCAUCUCUUUUGUGACUCUAUUCUUCGGAAUCCUUAUUUUCGCAAUUCCCGUCUUCAUGGAUCAUCUGAAACGAACUCAAGCUUAG